GGGGGCUUUCGUGGUUGUCGGAAGGCCGGGUUUUUUGCGUUGCAGGAGUAGUUGCUGGGCCUGCGUUUUCCGGUAGCUCUGAGUAUAGCACGAGUAGUACUAUCAAGCCCUUCUGGUUUGCAUUCUCUGAACCGAAUGGCAGCCUUGCCGCUUUAUCUCUGCUCGAAAUAACAGAGUGGGGGGAAGAGCCUUGCUCGAUACCUUCUCCCUACUCUCCUUUUGUGUUCGCUGGGGACAAGAAUGAGAGACGAUGAACCAAAAAGAUACUUGUGUGCAUCUGUUUGCAGGAGGAUGUGGGGGCACCGUGGGUGCUAUUCUGACAUGUCCCCUAGAAGUUGUGAAAACACGAUUGCAGUCUUCCUCUGUCACCUUGUAUAUCUCUGAAGUUCAUCUGAAUACCUUGAAUGGUGCCACUGUUAAUCGUGUAACUAGAGUUUCUCCGGGGCCUCUCCACUGUUUAAAGAUGAUCUUACAGAAGGAGGGUCCUCGCUCACUAUUUCGAGGACUAGGCCCUAACUUGGUAGGCGUGGCUCCAUCCAGAGCAAUAUAUUUUGCUGCCUACUCCAACUGCAAAGAAACAUUGAAUAAUAUUUUUGAGCCAGACUCUACUAAAGUACACAUGACCUCAGCUGGAGUGGCAGGUUUUACGGCAAUCACAGCAACCAAUCCAAUUUGGCUAGUAAAGACACGAUUACAACUUGAUGCACGGAAUCGUGGGGAAAAGAGGAUGAGUGCUUUCGAAUGUGUGCGCAAAGUCUAUCGGUCAGAUGGAUUUAAAGGUUUUUAUAGAGGUAUGUCUGCAUCCUAUGCAGGCAUAUCAGAGACUGUUAUUCACUUUGUUAUAUAUGAGAGUAUUAAACGAAGGCUGUUGGAAUACAAGUCUGCUUCUGCUAUGGAUGAGGAGGAUGAAUCAGUGAAAGAAGCAUCGGACUUCGUUGGCAUGAUGAUGGCUGCAGCAACUUCCAAAACCUGUGCCACUUCUAUAGCUUAUCCACAUGAGGUUGUACGAACAAGGCUACGAGAAGAAGGAACAAAAUACAGGUCUUUCUUCCAGACUCUAUCUUUGCUUGUGCGAGAAGAAGGCUAUGGCUCUUUGUAUCGUGGUCUAACAACACAUUUGAUUAGACAGAUUCCAAACACAGCUAUAAUGAUGGCUACCUAUGAAGUGGUAGUCUACUUGCUAAAUGGAUAGCAGUGCUACCAGCUAGCUCUAGGAUGGAGGAAGACCAAAAGUUUGCAGUGGACCAUGUACUCUUAGAAUGGGAGAUAGGUGGUUCUCCUAUUGAGAAAAAGCAGCUGUGGACAACAUGGGAAGCUGGUGGUAGGCAAUCAUGCUCAGUCAUGCUGCCUUAUCAUAUGGUAUCUUUAACAAUGUGAUAAUCAGAAGCUACUCCCAAGGGAAUGCCUUCAAACGCCUCAUAUUUCAACGUUUUCUUCAACAGUGUCAACUUUCUUAAUGCAGUGCAGUGGGCAUCAGGACUUUGUGAGUACAGAGGGUUGUAAUGUGUGUUCCGUUGGCAAGGCUACACUUUUGGGUGAGCUUGUGUCAGUUUUGAAGCCGGUUCAUAGAUCACUUGUAUGUGAAACUCAGUUUUGCAGUUAAAAAUAAAAUGAAAGAUUCACAUUAA